GACUUUGCGCACACGGACUGAAGUUUGAAGUCUAGUUUAAGUUUAACUCCCAGCGUCUCCAGUCAGUCUGCCGGAGCGGCUGAACAUGUUCAACGAAGGAGAAAGAGAAGAAGCAAAAUAAACAAAAAAAAAGCCGGACUGGAUGUGACACAAUAAUGCUUCUGAUUGUAAUUUAGUGACUUGGGAGUGCGCUCCUCCGGGCUGCGGUGGAUAUAUGGUUGACUCAAGAACACAUUUAAUUUGUGUUGUGAUUUUCUUCGGGGGGAAUUAACUCAUAACUGUUGUGAUGGAGAGCCACGUGUUUACAUGGAUGCUGUUGUGUGUGCUGCUGAGGCCGUCGGCGACACAGAACCCCGCACCUGAAGGAGUGCUGAACUGCUGCGAGGGCGACGUCCUCUUCUUACUGGACUCCUCAGGGAGCGUGUCGUCUUAUGAGCACUCCCGCAUGCUCACCUUCCUGUCCGAGCUCCUCCUCCCCUUCUCGCUGGGAGAGGACCAGGUGAGGAUCGGACUUCUACAGGUGGGCUCCCGUCCACGCGUUGAGUUUGGCUUUGACGCCUACAGCACCCAAAGUGGCCUCCAGGGGGCUCUGACGAACACUAAACCUCUCAGGGGGGACACCAACACGGUGGAGGCGCUGAGAAUUGCCAAGGAGCGGGUGCUGAGACAAGGAGUGGCGGGUGGGGCCCGGGCAGGGCUCCCGAGAGUGCUGGUGUGGUUGACGGAUGGGGUGAAACCGGGUGAUGUGAUUGGACCGUUGGAAGAGCUGCGGGAGGAGGGUGUGGCCGUGCUGGUGGUCUCCACUGGGCACGGCAACUAUCAGGUGUUGAAGAAAGUGGUGACUCCGCCUGUGGACAGCAACCUGUACUUUGUGGACAUCGAUGAUAUGAGUAUCAUCACAGAAGACCUGCGGGACGCCAUCAUUGAGAUUAUCCGAGCCGAGCGAAUCAACGUCCGUGACGUCACCACCGACUCGGCCAUGCUCCAGUGGCGGCCUGUGCUCUCCGGUCAGACGGGCUACUACGAGAUACGAUUCGCGCCGGUACCAACAGGAGGAGGUGGUGGAGGAGGUGGAAGUGGGACCAGUCCGAGCACCGGUGGUAGUCAGUACCAGAGACUCACCACAUCUGCAGACUCCAGCACUGCCAGGCUGACAGGCCUGAAGCCUGACACCACCUACACCGCCACGCUGACCCCGGAGUCCAAUGAACAUUCAUUUAAUGCUCUCAGUGUGGAGUUCACAACAAAGCCAGAGGUCCUGAGUCCCGCUGUGGUAACAAUCUCUGACGCGGGUCCAACCAGCGUUCGGGUGAGCUGGGGUCCUUCUCAGCCGGAUAAGGUCACCAGUUACUACAUCGAGUACUCCGCCCUGCCCAGAGGCAAGCUACACGCUGCCACCGUGAGCCGCACGCAAAACUCCACGCUCCUCAGGGAUCUCCAACCUGACACCACUUACCUGGUGACCGUUAGCGCCCGGUAUGCCUCAGGCGUGGAGAAGGCCAUGUCUGUCAAAGUGUGCACUCAGGAAGUGACCCCGGCCCUGGCAGACCUCCAACUGACCACAGUGGGCAGUGACUCAGUGCAGGUCGACUGGAAGAGCAGCGUAGGCGGUCUGAGGGGCUACUGGCUCACCUGGGAGGCACAGCAGAGCUCUGUCCUUGGCGAGCGCUCCUCCUUCUAUUUGCCGCCUGACUCUCUGUCGACGCGCCUCACACACCUUCCACCAGCGACAAGAGUGUGUGUGUCACCCAUUUACCGGACGGCGCGAGGAGAGGGGCUGUGCUGCACGGCACAGUUCCACUCGGACGCAUUAGCAUAUGGCUACCAGUUAUAGCGUCCCUGAGCUGCAAGUGCACCUUACCAAACAUGGAGGGACGAAGAAGAAGAAUGCUGACUUUCAUCCAUAAUUCUUUUCCUUGCCUCUCCCCCCUAUGUGGACAUCAUCCAGAAGACGUGUGGUUUGGCUUGCGGAGCACUCAUGUGGAAACCAUAGACACUUAAGAGUGGUCUGGGACAAUAUGGCCACAUUUUGACUGCUACAAUUUGCAACACAGAGGACUAUUUGCUUUUGAUUUCUUUUGUCUCAUCUGGUUUACACCUGUAGUAAAUGUAUAAUGUUUCAUGUAAGAUAAAGAUGUUUUUCUGGUCUGUUUCCCAGACGCAGAGCAGGGCAUUCUGGGAAUGUUGGAUGUUUCAAUGUAGCUUGUUUUCGGAGAAAGUCUGCACCAUAUGUGUGUCAUAGAAAUCCUGCUAACUCACAGAGAACAUCUGAUUUACAUUUAUAAUGAAUACUUAUGGCUUCUCUUUCAACACAUGCUUGUUACAUGUGGAACGUCCCAUGCGGUCCCUAAUAACAGGAUUUUUAGGAUUGCUUUGAACUUGAAAGAAAUUACGAACAGACCAGCCAGAUGCCCUGACUCCACAGAGAGAUGCUGCAUAUGAUACUGAAUUUGUGUAACUAAGAGUAGUCUUGUUUUGGUCUCUGGGCAUAGAUCUAUCAUUCAUAUUUAUUAAUCAAGAAUCAUGUAAGUAUGAUAAUUAAUAGCAUACAGUAUUUACAGAGAUACAGUUUACAUAUUAAGACUGUUACCUUUUCUUUUUUUUAAGUGAGUCCCUGCUGCCCCCUACUGAUAGGAUCCUUACCGGCUUACUGCUGAUGUAUUACUGUUAUCCUCUCAGAGCAAAUGUAUGUUUAAUGUUCGUUGACCACUAUUGAAAUUUAACAUGCUUGCAAUAAAGUAAUUUAGUUUA